AUGACGGACGCGGAUCGUGUGGCCGUUUCGACCUCUUCGAGCGCCUCGAGCACGACCAGCUACUUUCCCAUACCUCGAUGGGUCGCUCAGAUAUUCAUGCGUUUCCCCUUGGUUCUGCACGACUCUGCCAAAGUCUACGAUCCGCCUUCUCAAGUCCUACCAGUCUACGGUGUUGGUGUUCCCAGCUCUUCCUCUUCUUCUCCUUCCACCUCCAACCACCACACCGAACUCGAGCAGCAGCAAGAAUCGUUCGCUGGGACUUUGUAUGUAAAACGCUGGCACCCUAGACCUAGACAUGGUAGAGAUGGUAAGAGAGAGGACAAAAGAGGCUGGGCUAGCUCGGAUGUGGAUUGCUUGGAGGCGCAAAUGCUGCUCUUGGCUACGCAGAGAUCAUUUCACGUCAUUUACUUGGAGGAUGAGGUGGAUGAAAGCUGGGGACCUGGCGGUGAGUACAUCUGAGGGGCGCACGUCUUACACAUGCGAGCAGCUUGCGGGCGUGAUUGGCUGCAGACCGGCUGUAUGCUCUUCCAAUCAGGUCUGCUGAGCUCGAAACACCUUCUCGUCUUGGUCACCUGCUUCGUCCAGGCGAAUUACCUUUUCUGCAAACUUCUACAGGUGGUUUGAUCAGCGAGAAAGAUGUCAAGAACCAUCUUGCCUCUUAUUUGCCUCAUCAAGACAGCGCGCGGGAAGCGAGUGCGAGCCUUUCCGAGAAAGAGAUGCUUGCAAGCGAAUCUUCGGCUGAGCCGUACGAGGACGCAGCGACGCUGCACGAAUCGUACGCUUGGGCAUCGCUCAUCACGAGGCAAAUCUUAGCUGGUGUUGUAAGUGACGCGAGAGAUGACGGUACGAAUGCACAAAGCUUUGGAUGGCGCAGCUCACACCUCGCUUCGAACACGUCCACCCAGCUCCUUCUUCAACUCCACACCCGAGCUCUCGCACCUCCCAAAGCAAAAUCCCACGGCUUCCUCUCUGCACCUCUGCACUCCCGUCUGGCCCACAAUCGACGUCGUCUUCUUCAACGAAGAAUAUCCAACCUAUCCCAUAGCGACGCUUCUUCCGCUUCUUUCCCUUUAAGCAGAGUGCCAGGGUGGGGAAUGAGCUUGAGCUUGGAUGGAUUGUUGGGAUCGGUAGCGCUACCUGGCGAAGAAGAGGAUGAGGCAGAAGAGGGCGGACAGAGAGGGGCGUCCCACGGAACAGAGCUGAGCCUGCUGGAGGAGAGCCGAGUAUUUAGCCGGGCGAGCGAGGGAAUCAGAGCUGUUGCUCAGAGAUUCGAGCAGCAGGACGAUCGAGAUGCGGCGCAACGAGUUGGCAAAGCACGCGAGAGCAGAGAUGCGCCCAUCAGAUGGUUCUUGGGCGCCAAGUGAGUUGGACUCGACGGGCGCGGCAAAGAUUGCUCAAAAAAUCUCAACGUCAGGAGCGCUCGCUCUCUCUUUGAACUGCAGACGCGCGACGCCAUUGGAUUGCGCGCUCUUUGCGUGCCUGCACACAAUCCUCUCUCUGCCCACAUUCGCACCCAGAAACAGCACUCAUGACCAAGCAGCCCGCUUUGGUGAGGGGCAAGAGCAAGAUGAGGCGCAGGCGGAUCUGAGAAAGACGAUAGAGGAUCACCCGGUGCUUUUGAGAUGGACGAGAAGCGUUUGGAAAGAGAAGGUGAAGCCUUUGGGAGGAUGA